AUGAAGCUGCCUCCGAUCAUCUUUAAUGCUAAAAACAUAAGUGGAAUUGCGGGAUCCAUAUCAAUAUCCUGCUGGAUUGUUGUUUUCGUACCACAGAUUUAUGAAAACUUCCGAAGGCAGUCCGCAGACGGAUUAUCACUGCUCUUCAUUGUGUUAUGGCUGUUGGGUGAUAUAUUUAACGUCAUUGGGGCUAUGAUGCAAAACUUACUUCCAACGAUGAUAAUUUUGGCUGCCUAUUAUACAUUGGCUGACUUAGUUCUGCUGGUGCAGUGCAUGUGGUAUGAUAAGAAUAAGAAGGGCUUCUUACAAGAAGUUAAAAAAGACGUCGACCCUGUCCAUUUAUCUCCAGUAAUCCCAAUAGAUGGGUCUGUUUUGCAAGACGUUUUCAGCGAAUAUGAGCCACUUUUGCCGAGGUUAGAGGGGGAAGAUAACCAAUCAUACAACUCGCUCCAGCGAGUUGGCACAGAAGUAAUCGUCAAGGAAGAUAAGAAUUCUUCCAGUGAUCUACUAAUCGUAUGGGGUGUAAUGUUAGUCGGAUUUUUCUCCUGGUACAUAUCCUAUUGUUCUGGAGUGAGUAAGGGCAUUCCGGACAAAAAGCCUACCCUUGAGAAGAUCAAUUUUCCCGCACAAAUUUUGGGAUAUUUGAGUGCAAUACUAUACUUGGGCUCUAGAGUCCCUCAGAUUGUUCUUAACUUCAAAAGAAAAUCGUGCGAAGGUGUUUCAUUUUUAUUCUUUUUAUUUGCGUGUCUAGGGAACAUCUCUUUCAUAGUAUCGGUGCUUUCAAUGUCAGUUGAUCCGAAGUACUUAAUUCUAAAUGCAUCUUGGCUUAUCGGUAGCGCUGGUACGUUAUUGAUGGACUUUACGGUUUUCAUCCAGUUCUUCCUUUAUGCCAGAUCUCAGUACGGGAAGAAAGCGAUAGAUAAUUAA